UGUGAUUGGAAUUCGCUUCUGUCUCCUGAUAAUGUCACGACGAAACAAUACAGCCAUACUGACUAAUGCGCUACACCAAAAUACGCCAUGUUUACAUUAUUAUUUUGGGCAAUAGCUUCUUUGAAAAUUCAACUUUACUCUUUAUAGAUCACGAAUUGAUUGGGGUUUUUUUUUUUUAAUUAUUCUACAGAUAGUGGAUCAGACACUGAACUGCAAAUCAUAUUAUGUAAAGAUAUAAUACAGUUGUUAUACAUAUAGCCCGCACUAGGCGAACCUGUAAUGCGGAGGUCCAUAAUAUAAUUACCAGAUGAUAUUAACAAUUACAAGUGACAUUGUAGAAUUAAUUUAUUCAUUAUGUGUAAAAUGUACAACAUACUACUAUUUUUUUAAACCACUUCUAUGGCAAAUAAGCAUACGGCCCAUCCUGUGGUAAACGGUUAGCGUAGUCUAUGAGCGCCUGAAACACCAGGGGUGUCAUGUGCGCAUUGCCGGCCAUGAAAUACUUUUUUUUGGGAACAUGUGUGCAUAGUCUGUAGUGUAACAUAUAAUUAAUACACUUAACAUUUAGGAAUGGACUGGACAUAUACCUAUUUUAUCGACCUCAUUAGUAUUCUUUAUUGAUAAUUAUUAUAUCACUUAUAAUUGUAUAUGAUCAAUCACAGUUAUCGCCUUAAUGAAAGGAUUAUAAGUGACCAAAUGUAUAAAUACACCAACGUCCUAUGUAGUCAUAUUACUUUUUUUAAGAGAAGUACAAAAAAUGGAUUUCAAAUUGGGGAUUGUGCUUUUAAUGCUCCUCAUUGGGAGCUUAGCCGCCCCGAAACCCGAGCAAGAUAUGUCGAUAUUUUUCGACCAAGUGGACCCAACGGCACGCAUUGUCGGUGGAACAGUAGCAAAUCCGAGCCGCCAUAGACACAUGGUGGCACUAAGCAAUGGUGGGCUGGUCCGAACUUUCGUCUGUGGAGGUUCUCUGAUCUCCGGGAGGACUGUACUCACAGCUGCACAUUGUAUAGCUGCUGUUUUCAGCGGUGGUGUUCUUAGCAGCAAUGUCCGCGUCAUUCUCGGCACAAUGCAUUGGAAUCUGGGCGGCACCAUGUACACCGUUGAACGGAACGUAACUCACACUAACUACGUAUCCUCCACAAUCAAGAACGACAUCGGUUUGCUGAUCACCACAGUAGAUGUCCAACUUUCCGAUGAGGUGGUUCUACUUCCACUCAAUUACGACUUCCAGGCCGGGGACGUUCAGUCCAGGGUCGCAGGCUGGGGUAGAAUUGCGCAAGGCGGAGCGUUGUCGGCUGUCCUCUUAGAGUUAGACGUGUCAACCAUCGACGGCGAGCGUUGCAUAGCAGACGUGCAAGCAGCCGGAGAACAGUGGCAUAUGUUCCCGCCUCCAGUUGAGCCACACAUCGAGAUCUGUACUUACCAUUCGCCGGGCUUCGGUGCUUGUAACGGUGACUCCGGCAGCGCUUUAGUGCGCAUAGACAUUCAUGAGCAGAUCGGUAUAGUGUCAUGGGGUUUCGCGUGUGCGCGCGGUGCACCAGACAUGUUCGUACGUGUCAGUGCCUACAGGGAUUGGUUGCUGCAAAACACAGUCUAAAAUAUCUAAUAAAAUAGAUUCUCCAUUAAAAAGCACUAAAAAGUAAUCGCAAUGUUAUUAAAUAAUAAUAAUUAAAAUUAUUAUUCAGUUUUUAAUGUGAAUUAUUGAACACCAGUUGUUGCGAAAAA